CUGUGAGGACAUCAGCUCCUUCUUUGGCGUACUGAUGGCAUCAGAGCCGCUGACUGAACGGGAGGCGGCCAUUGAGACCAUAAUCAACAAGUUCCGCAUUAUUGGAGUGGUGGAAGAACUAGCUCCCAGACUAAGCUUCAAUGCAUUUAAGAAACUGGUCAUCCAGCAGCUGCUUCAUUUGUUCAAGGAUGUGGGCUCUCUAGAUGAGAAGAUGAAGAGCUUGGAUGUGAACCAGGACUUGGAGCUGAAUUUCAAUGAGUACUGGAGACUGAUUGGGGAAUUGACACCGUAA